AUGGCGAGUGAGGCCAGUGUGGAUGCGAGUGUUGGUUUGGGAGCGGGGGCUGCUCCGGGUUGGGGUGGUGCUCCGGCUCAGGGUCUUGAUGACUUAGUGGUGGGUUUGCUGACGCAGUUAUUGGCUCGUUUUCCGCCAGUGGUUCCACAGGGGGCUCCGGGAGUACCUCCAGUGGCAGAGGUGCAGCAGAGGGCUGCGGGGACCUUGUUAGUGGGCGGUUUUGAGUCCCACGUUUUAUUCGACUCUGGAGCAUCGAAUUGCUUCAUUACACCGGAGCGUGCCGAGAAGAGUGGCAUCCGGAGUAGCGCGGGCGAGAGCGCGGGCAUGGUCAAGGUGGCGGGAGGUGGAUUCUUGUCUACUUUGGGCCGUGCUAGAGGAGUCGAGAUCGAGAUUGCGGGGCAGUCAAUGCCAGCAGACUUAGUCAUCAGUCCGGUGGAGCUGUAUGACGUUAUUCUCGGGAUGGACUGGUUGUCACACUACAGAGUUCAUCUGGAUUGCUACAGAGGUAGAGUGGUCUUCGAGCGAGAUGCAGGGAGGUUGGUUUAUCAGGGAGUGAGACCGACUUCCGGGAGUAUUGUGAUAUCUGCUAUUCAGGCCGAGCAGUUGUUAGAGCGGGGCUGUGAGGCGUAUCUGGCGACGAUUUCUAUGUCUGAGUCAGGAGCUGGAGUUGUUAUGGGAGAUAUUGAGGUUGUCCAGGAUUUUGAGGAUGUCUUUCAGUCACUGAAGGGAUUACCACCAUCUCGGUCUGAUCCUUUCACGAUUGAGUUAGAGCCGGGGACAGCACCGAUAUCGAAGACGCCUUACAGGAUGGCGCCAGCUGAGUUGGCAGAGCUGAAGAAGCAGAUAGAGGACCUUUUGUCUAAGGGGUUCAUUCGACCAAGUGUUUCACCGUGGGGAGCACCGGUGUUGUUUGUGAAGAAGAAGGAUGGCAGUUUCAGACUUUGUAUCGAUUACAGAGGUCUUAACCGAGUCACUGUGAAGAACAGGUACCCACUCCCGAGGAUUGAUGAGUUGUUGGAUCAGUUGAGGGGUGCUACUUGGUUCUCCAAGAUUGACUUGGCAUCGGGGUAUCAUCAGAUCCCGAUAGAUGAGGCAGAUGUCAGGAAGACUGCUUUCAGGACGCGUUAUGGGCAUUUUGAGUUUGUGGUUAUGCCUUUCGGUUUGACUAACGCGCCGGCAGCCUUCAUGAGAUUGAUGAACGACGUGUUCAGGGAGUAUUUGGACGUGUUUGUCAUCAUUUUCAUUGAUGAUAUUCUGGUAUACUCGAGGAGUCAGGAGGAGCAUGCGACUCACUUGAGGUUGGUUCUGGAGAAGCUUCGGGAGCAGAAGCUUUUUGCUAAGUUGAGCAAGUGCAGUUUCUGGCAGCGAGAGAUGGGAUUUCUUGGCCACAUUGUUUCUGCAGAGGGAGUUUCUGUGGAUCCGGCUAAGAUUGAGGCUAUCAGAGAUUGGCCUAGACCUAGUAGUGCCACCGAGAUCAGGAGUUUUCUGGGUUUGGCAGGAUACUACAGGAGGUUCGUCAAGGGGUUUGCUACCAUGGCGCAGCCGAUGACGAAGUUGACCGGGAAGGAUGUCCCGUUUGUUUGGUCAGCUGAGUGUGAGGAGAGCUUUAGUCAGCUCAAGGAGAUGUUGACUACUACACCAGUGUUGGCGUUACCCGAGCCAGGGAAGCCUUACAUGGUGUAUACAGAUGCUUCAGGCAUUGGUCUUGGUUGUGUGCUGAUGCAGGAGGGCAGAGUGAUAGCAUAUGCUUCGAGACAGUGGCAGGGCAGUGAGCGUAACCGUCCUACACAUGACUUAGAGUUGGGAGCAGUGAUCUUCGCGUUGAAGAUUUGGAGGUCUUACUUGCUAGGUGAGACAGUACAGGUCUUCACGGAUCACAAGAGUUUGCAGCAUAUCUUCACUCAGCCGAUGAUGAACGCGAGACAGACGCGCUGGGUUGAGUUCUUGGCGGACUAUCAGGUGAGCAUUAACUACCAUCCGGGCAAGGCUAACCUAGUGGCGGACGCGUUGAGUAGACGGAGGUAUGAUUCCGCAGUUGAGCGAGAUGUGGAGUCUCUAGUUGGCGAGAUCAGUACCUUGCGUUUGUGUGCCAUUUCGCAGGAGCCUUUGGGUUUAGAGGCAGUGGAUCAGGCGGAUCUACUUAGCAGGAUCAGAGUUGCUCAGCAGAGUGAUCAGAGUUUGCUAGAUGCGACGAGAGUGACUGGUUCUGAGUAUGAGGUCUCUGCGAAUGGGACUAUCUUGGUUCGUGGGCGAGUUUGUGUGCCUAAGGAUGUGGAGUUGAGACAUCAGAUUUUGGGAGAGGCUCACGCGAGCAAGUUUUCCAUUCAUCCGGGAGCGACCAAGAUGUACCAUGACCUCAAGAGGUACUAUCAUUGGGUCGGGAUGAAGAGGGAUGUAGCAGACUGGGUUGCGAAGUGCAACACUUGUGCCUUGGUGAAGGCAGAGCAUCAGGUUCCGGGUGGUCUUUUGCAGAGUUUACCCAUUCCAGAGUGGAAGUGGGACAGGAUUACGAUGGAUUUCGUGGUUGGACUACCUGUUUCGAGGACUUUCGAUGCUAUUGGGAAGUUUGUGCGAGAGAUUGUGAGGCUGCAUGGAGUGCCAGCUAGUAUUGUGUCAGACCGUGAUCCCAGAUUCACUUCAGAGUUUUGGAGGGCGUUUCAGGCAGAGAUGGGCACUAAGGUGCAUCUGAGUACAGCUUAUCAUCCGCAGACAGAUGGUCAGUCAGAGAGGACUAUUCAGACUUUGGAGGAUUUGCUGAGGAUGUGUGUGUUGGAUUGGGGUGGCCAUUGGGCAGAUCACCUGAGCUUAGUUGAGUUUGCAUACAACAACAGCUUUCAGGCGAGUAUUGGCAUGGCUCCAUUUGAGGCUUUGUAUGGGAGGCCAUGUAGGACACCCCUAUGCUGGACCCAAGUGGGGGAGCGCAGCAUGUAUGGAGCUACUUAUGUUCAGGAGACGACAGAGAAGGUUCGUGUUGUGAGGCUGAACAUGAAGGAGGCUCAGGAUAGGCAGAAGAGUUAUGCAGAUAGACGCAGACGAGAGCUUGAGUUUCAGGUUGGAGAUAGAGUUUAUCUCAAGAUGGCUAUGUUGAGGGGUCCUAACAGAUCCAUAGCAGAGAACAAGCUGAGUCCGCGAUUUAUGGGUCCGUUUCCAGUAGUGGAGCGAGUUGGGCCAUUGGCUUACAGGCUGGAGUUGCCUGAGAUUAUGAAAGCCUUUCACAAGGUUUUUCAUGUGUCGAUGCUGAGGAAGUGUCUUCACCCUACAGAGGAGUUAGUGGCUAGGAUUCCAGAGGAUCUUCAGCCAGAUUUGACAGUGCCGGCAGUGCCUGUGAGGAUUUUAGAGAGGAGGGAAAAGGUUCUGAGGAACAAGAGGAUUCCCUUACUGAGGAUUUUGUGGGAUUGCAGUGGUUCUACAGAGGAGACUUGGGAGCCAGAGGCAAAGAUGAAGUUGAAGUUCAGGAAGUGGUUCGACAAGCAGGUCGAGGAGUGA